AUGAUUUGGGGAAUAUUCAUACCACCAGCCGUUCGCUGUAAUUUCAAUGCAACCAAUAACAUACGAGUGACGAGCGUGAAUGUGGACUAUUCAAGCGCAAAAAUCCCAAAAGGCCACAAAGACAUCGUUCAAUUAUGGGUGCAGUGUAAAAAUAACUAUAGACAAUUGAUUGCCACAAUGACCAAAUCGAAUCCAAAUGUUUCCAUUGAUAUGGUUUUUUCGGUCGGUAAUUCUUUAUCGUUCAUCACCACGGGUUUGGAAGCUAAUGUGUAUCUUAACGGUUAUGUCAUGGACAACCAAACAAGAAGUGCUGAAUCUGCUCACGAUGUGGGAAACAAUGGUGAAUUAUUGCAGAGUAUAUGUUUAUCAAAACUAUACACGGAAACUGAUGAAAAAGUGCCAAACAUUGGCGAAUCAUCGAUUCAAAACCAAUACACCGUUGAAUCGAAUAAUAUGACAAACAUUGGCGGAUCAUCGAGUCAAAACAAGAACACCAUUAAAAUGGAUACAGUUGAAAACAAUGAACCAUCUGAUGAAGAUAAAGUAUGGAUCAUGGACAAGCAAAUCUGCGAUGGCAUUGAAGCCCGUCUUGGCGAUUUCAUUUCGAUUUACUUUGAAGGAUGGAUUGAAGGAAAGGACGUAUCGUUUAGCCAACACAUGUCUGGAACUCCAUACAAGUUCCAGUUAGGUAAAAACGAACACAUUCGUGGCUGGGAUCUUGGCAUUGAGGGCAUGAAAACGGGAUCUAUUCGCCGCAUUAAGUGUCCGCCAUCAUUGGCAUACGGAGAAGCUGGGCUUUUGUCACUAGUGCCACCCAAUGCCACGCUUAUCUUCGACAUUACACUUCUAGAAGUGAACACCACUGAAUAA